AUGCGUUACGGUCUUGUAGCCCCGGCACUCGGCCGAACUCUCCUUCGUAACCAGCGCUUUGCUGCUCAAGGAUGCGCGGUAGGAUUGAGGAAGCUCUCCAGCCAUACUUCACCUCGCCCCUUCGAGGAGGAGCGGUCCCGGAACUAUAAUCCCAAGGAUUAUUACCCGGCUCACAUUGGCGACACUCUCCAUGGCGGUAAAUAUGAGCUUGUGUCCAAGCUUGGAUGGGGCACCGGCUCUACUGUUUGGCUCGCUAGAGCAACUCACUGGCUCCCUUGGCAAAAUGAACAUUACGUGGCGCUCAAGAUUACAAACAACACUCCCAAUGUUCUUGAGAGAGCUCGUCAAGAGCUUGCUGUUUCUGAGCAAUUCCUUGCCGCAGAGACCACCCAUCCCGGCCGCCAAUACAUCCGCCCGGUCCUUGACUCAUUUGAGGUUGAGGGCCCUGAGGGCUCGCACAUCUGCAUGACCUACGAAGCUCUGCGCCAGCCUGUCUGGAUGCUUGGCCAGCAGAGCGGUCUCACCAGCCUGGUCCAGGCCAAUACCAUCAAAGCCUUGCUUCCAAGCAUGCUCAAGGCCCUUGACUUCCUUCACUCAGAGUGCCGUCUCAUUCAUACAAACCUUACCGGUAACCAUUUCAUGAUUCCGUUUGAGGACUCUGGUGUCCUAGACGACUAUGUCAAGCGUCAAUUGACCAACCCCGCGCCCUGCCAGGAGCGCAACGGACGUCCCGUCUACGCCUCCCGUCAGAGUUUCGGCCAUCUUAGAGGAGAUGUCCGCAACGUCAAGCUCACAGACUUUGGCCAUUCCGUAAGGGGAGAUGUAGCGCAACCGCACACUCAUUUGAUCCAAACUCGAGAAUACGUUGCCCCUGAGGUCCUCCUCAAGGCAGGCUGGUCAUACUCUGCCGACAUCUGGAACCUUGGUCUUGUGCUUUGGGAAUUGCUCGGCGAUAACAACCUGCUGAGCGGCCGUGUUCCUGGUUACUGCAGAUUCUCCCAGAAGAAUCGCUUUGCCCAGAUGAUUCGUCUUCUUGGUCCCCCGCCUGCUGAGCUCCUUGCCAGAGCCGACCGGGAUGCCCUUUCCGAGUUCUACAACGAUCAAGGAGUCUUCAAGCAUCCAGAACUCAUCCCUGAUGAGAUGUCCAGCCUCUCCAACUCGACCCCCAUGCUCGACGGUCAAGAGCGUGCUCUGUUCAUCAAUUUUGCCAAGAAGAUGCUGACCUGGCUUCCUGAGCAACGUGCGUCGGCCAAGGAGCUGCUUGACGACCCGUGGCUGAGGUCUGCUGGACGGCACCGAGCCACGGGAUUCGGAUAUCUUGAGGAUACCCGUCUCACUUGA